GGUUCGAGCUUGCGAGGUUUCGAGCAGCAGCCAGUCGCCGGCUGCCGGGCCACGACCUCGCAUCUCGUCUGGCUUUGCUCUCCUUUCCGUGUCGAAACAUCGAAAGCCACGCUUCUCGUAUCCUAUCUAUAACUCGGAGUGUCGCGAAUUUUAACAACACCUACUCGACAUCUCGAUAUAAUUCUAACCAUCGUUGUUUAUCUAUCGGUUUUUUCCCCUCCCAAGAAAUAGUGCCAAAUAGUUGCAAAGUGAAUCGUAGUUCGAUCGUAAAGUUUAUUCGCGAAAACAAAACAAAAGAUAUCGGGCAAGUGUGAGAGUGAUACGUAAUAUCGAGCAGUGUAUCGAUUAGUUCCGUUCGAAGUGUCGUACGUUUCGCGGUAGUUCUUCCUUGAAAUCAGUCGUCGUUUCGGCAUGGCGAAUGGGUGAUAAACACGAGACUCCUGAUCCGCUGCAGCUCGACGGUGUCUUUCAACAACGGGGGAGGAACCAUGUGAGGUUACGACCAUGAGGUGUGGCGGUCAGAGCGGUGUCUGGACAGCAAGCGUGAUCAUACUGUCGAUCGGGAGCUGGGUCGGAAGGGUUGGGCCACGACCAGCCGAUGGCGAGACUGCACACCUGACAUCGCCCAAGGAGAGAUUGGAGACAGUGCGACAGGUCCUUUCCGAGGUGCCUUUGAUCGACGGCCACAAUGACCUGCCCUGGAACAUUAGAAACUUCGUUCACAACCAGCUGGCCGACUUCGAUUUCGAGAAGGACCUACGGCAAGUCGCGCCUUGGAGCAAGAGCGCCUGGAGCCAAACGGAUUUGGUUAGGCUUCGUCAAGGGAUGGUCGGCGGUCAGUUUUGGUCUGCUUACGUGCCGUGCGAGUCGCAGCAUCUCAACGCGGUCCAGCUGACUCUGGAGCAGGUGGACCUCAUUAAGAGGCUCAUAGAGAAGUACUCGCAACACUUGCAGUUCGCUGCAUCUUCAAGGGAGAUCCUGGAGGCUCGUGAAAGAGGCAGAAUAGCUUCGCUGAUUGGGGUGGAGGGUGGACAUAGUCUAGGAAGUAGUUUAGCUGUUUUAAGGACACUGUAUCAAUUAGGUGUGCGUUAUCUGACCCUCACGCACACUUGCAAUACACCGUGGGCGAAAAGUUCGACGGUUGAAGACGAGGAUGAGGAUGGAGGCGGUCUAACAGCGUUCGGGAAAACAGUAGUCCAAGAAAUGAAUAGGCUUGGUAUGCUGAUAGAUCUUAGUCAUACAGCGAGAGCUACCAUGAGGGACGCUUUAAGGACAAGCAGAGCACCCCUCAUCUUUUCUCACUCCUCGGCCUUCGCCAUUUGUAAUUCCUCGAGAAAUGUUCCCGACGACAUUUUGAAGCAAUUGGCUGCCAACGGUGGAAUAGUGAUGGUGACGUUUUAUAAUUACUUCGUGAAAUGUGGCUCUCAGGCGACCAUUUCCGACGUCGCUGAGCAUAUAUACUACAUUAGAAAUCUAAUUGGCGUGGACCACAUCGGUGUCGGUGGCGACUUCGACGGUAUCAACAAAACACCGAGAGGACUCGAAGAUGUUUCAAAGUAUCCGGAACUGUUCGCCGAACUUCUUCGAAGUGGGAAAUGGAAUGUGCUCGACUUAAAAAAAGUCGCCGGCCUGAAUUUGUUGAGGGUCCUCCAACAGGUGGAACGAGUGAGAGACGACAUGAGAACCGCCGGAAUGACGCCAUCCGAAGAAUACCUCCAAGAUUCUCCCGAUACAACUGGCAACUGUGCACUCGAUAUCAAUUCCGUGCAAAGAGUCAUGGAAGUUUGAUUGUUCUCAUCAAUAUCCUCUGUUUAACGAUGAUGGUGUGUAAAUUACUUCUCUACGAGCAACCUUACCGUCCUAUGCUCGACAAAACGGACAGAAUCUCGUCAAAAAGUCGAGAAAAUUGUAACAAAAGGAAAAGAUUCGAAAGGAAAGAACUUCUCGUCGCUUUUGAUUCUUGCCCGCCUAAAAAGUCUUCUAAAAGCUCAAUCAGGAUAACAUUGAACGAGAAAAAAAAAAUGAAGAACCUACCUCGAACGAAAUGCACAGCUUUGAAUGAUUAAUUUGCUCGGCUGUUUUUAUUGUUUAAAGGCGCAAACAAUUUUUUUUUUUUAACAAAUCACAUUAUAUAUUAUAUUAAUGAUGUAAAUUCGUAAAAAUGUUUAUAAU